CAUUCCAUGCGCAGUCGACCAAGGGGCGUUGAAUGGUCCGCCAUAUUGGUUACAGAGAAGUGAAUUGACGACGAUAGUAUUGGCUGUCAUCGGCCUUAAUCGUAAUCAUCUGCGUUUGUGGUGUUACUUUUCCAUUUGAACUGUGUUUGCUGAAGUUUUCAGUAGGCGCUAGAUAAUUAUUGUUUCCCAUUAUAAUCUGUUAUUGGGACAUCUAGGCAUUUGUUUACAAGCGUCUGCCAAGCGGAAGAGCAAAGAAAAUGGGCACUAAGGAUGAUGAAUAUGACUAUCUUUUCAAAGUUGUCCUGAUUGGAGACUCAGGUGUGGGAAAGAGUAAUCUACUGUCAAGAUUCACCAGGAAUGAGUUCAACUUGGAGAGCAAGAGCACAAUAGGAGUAGAGUUUGCCACAAGGAGUAUACAGGUUGAUGGCAAGACAAUUAAAGCACAAAUCUGGGACACUGCUGGGCAGGAGAGGUAUAGAGCCAUCACUAGUGCAUAUUACCGAGGAGCUGUUGGCGCCCUGCUAGUAUAUGAUAUUGCCAAACAUUUGACAUAUGAAAAUGUGGAGAGGUGGCUGAAGGAACUUAGGGAUCAUGCAGACCAAAACAUAGUCAUAAUGCUGGUGGGGAACAAGAGUGACUUGAGACAUUUACGUGCUGUACCCACAGAUGAGGCCAAGGCAUUUGCAGAAAAAAAUAAUCUAUCCUUCAUAGAAACAUCAGCGUUAGAUUCCACAAAUGUUGAAGCAGCAUUUCACAACAUUCUUACAGAGAUUUACAAAAUAGUUUCUCAGAAGCAAAUCCGUGAUAGUCCUGACGACGAAAACUCGCCUAGUAGCAAUGUACAGACAAUUACCGUUGCGCCCACAGAUAAUUCCGUGGGAACCAAGAAACAAUGUUGUAACGUCUAGGCUCAAAUUACUGUCAACUUAAAGCUACAUGAGUUGGGAGGAAAGACGAGUUAUGGAAGAAUUGGAACAUGUCUUGUGCAGUUGGGGCCGUGUUCCAUGUGGAACGCUGACUAACAAGGGCCACUGAAAAAGGUGGUUACAAUGAUACGUUUUUGUACAUUCAUGUGUUAGCCAUUUGUGUUAUGGUCCGAAUCGGGAGAAUGAGUUUUUAAGUCCAUUAGCAGACCAUUGGUGCAUCACUUUCGUUCAUAUCUGAUAUUGAAAUUGUUCAUCGAUCUCUUAAUUAUUAUUUUUUUCAAAUCUUGAAUGAUUGUAAUUCGAUCAUUACGAUAAUUGGAUAAUUCUGUUCACCUGCCACAGUAGUAUGCUUGCUCCAUGUAAGUAUACCUCUUGCAUACUUCCAAUUCUUAUUAGGAUUCUAAAGUUAGGAAAAAGCAUCUAUUUAUUAACAUAAUGUGAUUUACAGACUUGAUUAAAACAGGUUAGGGACCCUGCAAUGCAGUGUGUCUUAUAAUAUUUGUACUGAGGUCACGAUGACCUGUUUGCAACCUGUGUCAUCCCUAUUUGUGAUUUGCCCUUGCAUAGCUUGAUUGAUUACUGCAUCACUUGUAAGACGCUACUGUGAUUACUGGCAGGAUACCACUAUGAUCACUUGUAGAAAACUACAGUGAUUGCUCGUAUCUAACUUGAGUGAUUACUAGUAGAACACCACCAUCGUGAUCACUUGUAGGAUACUGCCAGUUUUCCUGUGGCAGUGGCUGAUGUAUACAUUCCACCUUGUGCUAUCCAUGGCAGAUUGCUGCUACAGUGAAAUAGUUCAUGAUCGAGCGAGUUCUUGUACGUCUUUGCAUGCCUGAAGUGCUGUUAUGUAGUGGAAUGAUGUUGACUUCUGCCAUGCAUGAAUCCUUAAAUGGGAAUCCUUACCAAAAUAACGGUCAUGAUUAUGAACAACCAACUAGAAGGCCUUCAUCCGAGUAAUUUCUCUCCCCCCAAACGACAGACUUUGUCACACAGUACUUAAGGAUGUUCACAACCAAGGAUCUUAAUAAGUAUAUUCGGCAGUCAACCAUGAUGAUCUUUUUCCCCUUUUUGGAAUUACACUUGCUAGCUAGCUGAAAUAUUGCCGAGUGGAGUGUACAGUACUGUUUGUGAGUUAUCUCCCUUUGCAGGUAUGGCUUGCUGUAUUUUAAGGUUCUUGCAUGGCAGUACAGGUUAUGAUGUGUUAUGAAUGGACUGAGUGGAAACAACUGUGUACAUACACAUUGACACACACACACACACACACACACACACACGACCUUGGUUGCCUCUCACAAACUUCAAAGGUUUGUCUUACUUUUGUUUGCGGUAUAAAGCUUAGAACAUCACUGUUGGUUUGUUCGAAUUUGAUUAAAGAUGACAUGAUUUAAAUCUUAGAAUUGUUAAGGUACAAUAUUUGUUAUUGUUGAUUAUGCAAAUCUUGUUAGUGGCAAAGGCAUGAAAAGUUGACAUAUAUUUUUUUGUAAUUCAUUUUGCUGACUUGUUAUUAAAAUGUUAGGAUGUAUACAAUGCCCCUUGUUAAACUCUUCCUUGUGGAAGAAUAAGCUGGUUUAGUUGGUUUGAUAUAACAGAACUUAGGACUAGAAGGACAUGUUGCUUAGAGAAGGCUAUUUGGUACCUCUUCAACAAAAUGGUCUUGGCACCAAGACUAAGGUAAUUGAGAGUAGUGGUAGAAGGCUGCUACAACAGAUCCCCAAAUCCUUCACCAUCAACAUGAUUCCAGUCAGAAUGACGGAACUGAACACACAUUAAUUCAUGUGCCUGAGUUCUAGUCCAAGUCUCACAACACUUUGAGUUUUGGUUGGGUCUUUGUUCUUUGGAUCUAUAGCAUGGUCAUUGAUGACGAUCUUGAUAAGGUACUGCCAAACUCCCAUCAGCACCCAAUUGCUACUAAAUAGCAAUCGCCAUUCUGCGUCAACAGUUUGUCACAUUUAACUGAACCAAAACAACCAUCAAUGUAUCAUUUAAGGACACUCUUAGUUAAGCUGUUUUGACUGUUGGAAAGUCUCCAGUAUUGAGUCUGACAUUGCCUGUACAACUUGGUAUAGUAUUUGUCUAAUGAAGAAGACUGCCUCGUUUUGAGAAUAAUUUUUCACAGUUUUCCAGCGAUUUGGUGUGUUCUAGCACUGCUUGUCUCGGCCUUUGAUAUUGUUUCACUAGGAUCUUGAAUUGUUCAUUCAACUUUGAUUGGUGUUCUUAGCUCAAGUGGAUGUGAUUCUGUGACCAGAUUCAGUUUACAAGAACUAGGUUGCCAAAGUAGAUUAAUUGUGGCAAAUUGAGGAUGCCAUUUAGGAACAAACAUGGUCCAUAUUAACAUGACUCUGUCUUGUUGAUGAAGCAGAAUUGCCAUUGCCAAAAUCGGGCUAAAAUGCUGGUUUGUCUACCCAUAACUCCUCUUAAGAUCCGAAUAAUCACCACACUCAGUCCAGAUAGUGUGCAAUGUGUCACCAGGAAGACUGAACCCAAAUAAAUGUCGCUUUAUGUAUAUGAUAUCUGUGAUGAAUUUUUUGUAGCCGACACUUCAUUGUGCCCUUAAGGAAGGGCAGUUCUCCUUCCGAGAAUGAAUUGUCAUGAAAUUAUUUCUGUACAAAGCUACUUCAUGUCUGUAACACACUUGUCGUAUUGUCCAAUCACAAAAUUCCAUUUGUUACUUUCCCGCUGUUGGUGUCGCCAUUGAUUUCUACCUGAUGAAUAUGACCAUCUCCACAGUCUUUUCUAAGGCAUGGAAAUACAAUCCUAAAGAGCUGUCAGCUUAGGCAAUUGAUCCCAUUGCUAACCUAGUUUUGACGGGAGAUCCAGCUGGUUAAUGUGAGAGAUCCUUCUUCACCAGCAUGUCACAGUAAAACAUGGCUGUGGUUGUCAGUACUGUUCUGUUUGUGUAAGAAUCCGUGUUGCAUUAUGUAUAUUAUAAGAAUUCAGUUGGGAUUGGGGAAAAUAUGCCUUUGACUAUCAAAACAAGUGAGUUACUGUGUAUCCAGUUACUUGAAACCUGGCCAUUUCUUGUACAGACUUUGUUAUUUAAAUUCAGUGCACUCAGAAACGAUAUGUUUGCAUUACCUAACGCUUGUAUUUAUGAAGUUAUUCUGAACUGGUUUUGUACACAAGAUGCUAAGUACCACAUCAUUUUGUAUCUGAAUUAGGAAAUAUGUGCCGUAGGGUUAAACAAUAACCAGGCAGAAUAGUGUUCUGUCAGAUUUUAGAUAAUCCUUGAAUACUGUAAGGGUGCCUCCCAUUACAGGACACAAUAUUGUGUGGAAUACAUUGAGAGAUGUGUAGAAGUUACUGAGCCUAUGGUAGAAUACCUCUGAGGCCUCCUGUCUAUGUACAGAUCUAUCCUAGCAUGUAUGUACACUGUAGCUUGCUGCUCUGCUCCAUACAAUUGUAAAUCAUGCCUCUUUCAUAUGGCCAGGUCUACUGCCUGUAAACUAUAUAUAAUAUACAUAUAUAAUUUCUAUCUUGCUAUGUAAAAUUUUGUGUAUUAAUAAAGAGCAAAUGAACAUA